AUGGCAGACACCGUAGCAGAGCUCGAUGGAUCUGGCUGCAGUGAUAGAGCAAGUGCCGCUCCGACCUUGGCAAGCUACGCAGACGUGUCUGGAAACGCCACCACCAUCGAAGGCAGCAUGCCACUUCCAGACCUUACGACUGCCAACUCACACUACGACGGUACCGAGACCUCGAACGACAGCGCUCCCCAGACACUCAAAGACUUUCUCGACUUUAUGGGCGUGGACGCUCACAUACCUCAGCGAAGCGAUGAUGACGGCGCUGCCAGCAUAUAUGCACCAGAUGCGCGUCCCCUUCUGCGAAGGGACACUUUCCUCCUACCUUCCACUUCUUCAGCUAGAGGCCAGCAUCUAAUUUCAGCUUCAACACGAUGCCUCUCCCGCACCGAUAGCGCAAGCCAUCAUGAUCGUCCAACGCAAGUGGCACAAGAUCGAAUUCCUCGCCUCUUCCAUCAAUUUAGCACACCACGCCAAGGCCAGGGAAUUGGCGGGGGUAAUCCCAGAAGCAGACGAAAGCUCCUCUAUAGUGGCUUUACUCCAAGCCCAGGCAAGACUCAAGAGAACAUCGAAGGGCAGCCCUGCGCCCUCAACAGAGCUGACUCGUCUCAAUUUCCAAUUCCAGACUUUGCUCGCUCUUCAUCCUAUGCAGUAUCGACAGGCUCGCCUCCGAGGAACUCUACACUCGAGUCCUCUCCCAACCGGAAAAGACGCAGUGGUGGUCCGAGCCCAUCACAAAUGCCGUCUGUGCCGCUUGCAUUUGCUCAGCGUGACCCUCGAAUUGUGGGAGCACAGCGCGUAGAGCGUACUUCGGCCUCAUACACAUUCCUUCCCUCAGACGUCAGCUCACUUGUAGACAAGCGACUCUCUUCUGAGUCCAAUGAGGAUUAUGCCACAGCUGCCUCAGUCGCUGGGAGCGAAGCAGGCUUCGCGCACGGCGACGCGUUCCUUGACUCUAGCGGUGAAGAGACUGGCCUGACAUCUGGUCUGCGUCGCGCUUUCAAUGAAGGCAGCCACGGUCAUUGGGCGGACAAUGUCAUCGGAUCAGGACUUGGACGAGCCUACCGAUACUCGACACCACCUUCUCCCAGCCCGAAGAAGAUUCUAGUUCAGCACAAAGCAUUCAGGCUGGUGUCACGACAGCAGCGAUCUGUGCAAGGGGAUCUUGAAAGUAUGUUAGGAGACGGACAGUCCAUGCCAGGUUCCAGCGGCAGGAAGUCACGCCCGUCACGCAAACUCUCGACGGCCGAUCGAGUUGUAAAGCGCGCACUCCUGCCUGGUAUCUUCGACUCGGAGGAAGAAGAAGAACAAGUAGCAAGUAGCAAAGGCGGACAAGCAUUGAGCGCAAGGAAGAGGAGACUGUUUCGGUCGCCCAGGAUCGGACCCAAGACCAGCGAGGCUCUCGCCCACUUGAUGCCGUCCACGUGUGCCUCGAGCGAGACCGACAAAGCGCCUUCCUCGAGCUACAAGAGCAAGCGUCUCAAGUUGCGGCACACUGGUGAAGGAUCUUCUCAGCUACAGACUCCUAUCAGCAGCAACACUGCGGCAGAGAUUCUAUGCAACCUACAGCAUAUAAUCAGCAACGAGUCUGCUACGCCACAGCAACACUUGCUGACUCUGUCGGCGCGCUCGCUGCGUGCGCAACAGCGAGCGCAAGCAGUCCAAAAGUCGCUUUUGACAACGGAGACAGAGGCAAUUCCUCGCGAGGCAGGCCGAAGACAAUCAUCACGAGCUGCUUUUGAGGACGAUGCCAGUGGUGACACUGACGAUGCAGGACUAGUGGAAGUCACCAAACAGACUGAUGCUUUCGAGAGCGCCAGCGCAAGAAAGAUUGAGGAGGUAGCAGUUGAUCAAGCAAAUGAUGAACAUACUAGUGGGAAGUCUUGCAAUGCCCAGCAGCGAGUCUUCCCACGUCACGUCGACAAGCAAACGGCACGAUUUCCGGGCUUCUAUCAGAGAUACGCGGUGCCAAGCCAAUUGCCCGAAGAGAUCCAACAGAAGGUCUUUCCACAAGGCGCCAAGGAUCCAAGUCUCUCUCCAGCGCUCCAAGUCGUUGCCAAUCGCGGCUUCUUCAAAUUCUCCGGCGACCCCAACGUCUCCCUGCCAGACCCUUUCGACCUCUACAUUCCCCGCUUCACGCGAGGUCGCGGCAUGAAGAAGGAAGCCCUCUGCCCAAUCUGCUACGACGCCUCUCCUAUAGGACGAGGUCAUGCCUCUGCCAAUUGGUACCAGACAAAGGUCUCUGCGUACAAUUACCACCUCCAGAUUUCCCACGGGAUCAUGUCCGCCACAGGCCAGCCCAUGGAUCCCCCCGUGAGGUUCAAGAGCAUAGAACGGAGCGGGGGUGCUGUGGCUGCUGGUGAGAGGAAGACGAUCCUACAGGGGGAGUGUCAUGCCUGUGGGAAGUGGAUUGCACUCGAGAGUGUCAAGGAUGUGGAAGUCAAGAUUCCGGAAAUCUAUUGGCGCAAGCACGCUGCCAAGUGCCACAAGAAGCGUCCAAUGAACGGUACCAGCGGCGUCUUUGUAGAGGACGAGUUCUAUUUCCGAGUCAAGGCCGCCUACGAAGCCGAUUCACAGAAGCAGUGCUAG